CAAAAAAGAGAGAAAAAAAAAAGAAUAGUGACCCUUUCACUCUUUCUUUUUCUUUAAUUUUCUUUCUUCUCCUCUCUGUUUGGGACUGAAUUUUCUUUGAGAAAAAGAGAGAGAGAUCAGUUUACUUUAAAACCCACCAUUUUUUUAAUUUUUUUUCCUCAUUUUUCCACAAAAAUUGGUUGCAUAUUACAAAAAAACACAAAAAAAAACACACACACUUAAGCUAGUAAGAGCAGCAAAGAGGAAGAAGAAAAGGAAAGAAAGAGACUAGCUGAGAGCUUUAUUACAUCUUUUCAUACUCUGCAACUUCUUCAGGUACUUAUAUAUGAAGAAUUGAUCAAGAAUAUUAAAGAAGUGAAUAUAUAAAAAGAUUGUUGAACAUGAUGAUGUUGAUGAUGAUCAUUAAUAUCAAGAAAAUUUUAUUGAUAUUAUUAUGGGAAUAGCAACAAAAUCACUCAAUUAUCCAAUUCAUUCUGAGUUCAAGAAUCAUAAUUGUUCAUCUAUGUCCCAAGAUUAUCAUCAAGCUGGUAUUUUUUCGUUCUCUUCGAAUGGAUUCGAGAGAUCGUCAUCGUCGACGACCGAAGGGUUAGCUCAAGCUCAUCAAGAACAUCAGCAUCACUUAGCUCAACAGAUCCGAAGAGAUAAGCUUCGAGUUUAUGAACCAAACGCUUCACCACCGGGUCAUUCAUUAGUAGGUAUUGAUGUGGAGGAAUCCGGUGGACUUCCGGUGUAUGAAACAGCCGGAAUGUUAUCAGAAAUGUUCAAUUUUCCUCCUGGAGGACCAGUUACGGCAGCUGAAUUGUUGGACCAGUCUAGUUAUCACCACCAUCAUAAUCAUAAUCCUCAUCAUCAUCAUCAGAUUUCAGGUAUUAAUGCAAAUUCUGCAGCUGCCAUGCAGCUUUUUCUGAUGAAUCCACCACAACAAAGAUCACCUUCUCCUGCUCCAGCUCCGGCUCCGCCUCAAACUUCUUCUACACUUCAUAUGUUACUUCCAAAUCCGUCAUCUAAUUCUCUUCAAGGGUUUACUGGUAAUUUUGGAGCUACUAGUAGUGAUCAUCAAAUUUCUCAUCCACAAUUCAGUUGGGUUCAUGAUAAUAAUUCUCACCAUGAAGAACACGGCAGCAACACUGUUGCUGAAAACCAAGGGCUUUCUUUGUCAUUAUCAUCAUCUUUGCAACACUUGGAAGCAGCAAAAGCUGAAGAAUUAAGAAUGGGAGAGACUGGAUUAUUGUAUUAUAAUCAUCAUCAAACCGGAACCGGUUCAUCGUCUAGCGCUCAAUAUUUCAAGAAUUUAAGCGGCCAACAACAACAACAGCAACAACAAGCAUUGCAUUUACAAGCCGGAGUCGGAGUGGGAGUCGGAAUUGGACAGAAUCAUCACCAAGUUCAUGUCGGAUACGGAUCUUCUCUCGGAGUGGUUAAUGUUUUGAGAAACUCCAAGUAUGUGAAAGCCGCUCAAGAAUUGUUAGAAGAGUUUUGUAGUGUGGGAAGAGGUCAAUUCAAGAAAAGCAAACUCACUAGACAAAACACAAACCCUAAUUCUAAUACUCCAGGAGGAAGUAGCGGCGGCGGCGGCGGCGGUGGUUCGUCUUCUUCGACAAAAGAUCCGCCUUCUUUAUCAGCUUCUGACAGAAUUGAGCAUCAGAGAAGGAAGGUCAAACUUCUGGCCAUGCUUGAUGAGGUGGAUAGAAGAUACAAUCAUUAUUGUGAGCAAAUGCAAAUGGUGGUAAACUCAUUUGACCUAGUAAUGGGAUUUGGGGCAGCAGUGCCAUACACAGCCCUAGCACAGAAGGCAAUGUCAAGACAUUUUAGGUGUUUAAAAGAAGCCAUAGCAGCACAAUUGAAGCAAAGCUGUGAAAUACUUGGUGAAAAAGAUGGAGCAGGAAGUUCUGGUAUUACCAAAGGUGAAACACCAAGAUUAAGGUUAUUAGAACAAAGUUUAAGACAACAACGAGCCUUUCAUCAAAUGGGCAUGAUGGAACAAGAAGCUUGGAGACCUCAACGAGGAUUGCCUGAACGUUCUGUCAACAUUUUGAGAGCCUGGCUUUUCGAGCAUUUUCUUCACCCGUAUCCAAGUGAUGCUGAUAAGCAUCUGUUGGCUCGGCAGACUGGUUUAUCAAGAAAUCAGGUAUCAAAUUGGUUCAUAAAUGCUAGGGUUCGAUUAUGGAAGCCAAUGGUGGAAGAAAUGUAUCAACAAGAAUCAAAAGAUGAAGACGAAGAUGAUGAUAAAGACAAUCAAAAGAAGAACAAGAACAAGAAAAAUAAUAAUAAUAUUAAUGCACAGAUCUCAACAACAACAAACACCACAGCUACACCAACACCAUCUUCAUCUCCCACCAUAACCUCAACAGCCAAAAGAUCCGAAUUUCCCUACGAAAACGACCCGUCAACCAAUGUUAUUACUCCACUCACCACCGCCACCGCAGAGGUGGCGCCACCACCACCGCUACUAGCACCACCUCCUCAUGCUCAUCAUCAGAAUUUUCAUGUCGGCGAAGACACGUGUCGACGUGGCAGUAUAGUUGCAGGUGAUUAUGGGACCACUGGCAAUUUAGCAGCUGGAGCUGAUCACUGUAUUAUAAGGUUUGGGACCACCAGUGGUGCUGCUGCUGGAGAUGUGUCGUUAACUCUAGGGUUACGCCAUGCCGGAAACAUGCCGGAGAAGACCAAUGCUUUCUCUGUUAGAGACUUUGGCAACUGUUGAUUUAUUUUAUUCUUAUAAUUUAUAUAGAACUUAAUUUUGGAGAUUUUAUUUUUUAUUUUUUUCUUUGUUUACUCAUAAUUUUCAUUCUAUUGAGAAGAAAAUACAGAAAAGUAGCAAAUAUUAUAAGUUAGCUGUAUUGGAGUAUAUUGUAAUUGUAUAGUAGAUUUUGUUUCUGUUUUUCUGUUUUUUCUUUUAAAUGUAUUUAUAAGGUUUUUGUACCAUUAAAUUGGCUAGAAUAAUAUGAAUGAAUUUUUUAUAUUUUGGGAGGUAUA